GCGCGGCGCUGUGACGUCACGAGCGGCGCUGUGACGUCAUCGAUCAGCGCCGCAAUGGCGGCGCCCAAGGUGAAGCAGGACAUGGCCCCGCCGGGCGGGUACGGCCCCAUCGACUACAAGCGGCACCUCCCGCGGCGCGGCCUCUCGGGGUACAGCCUGUUCGCGCUCGGCGUCGGGAGCCUCCUGCUCGGCUACUACACCUUGGUCAAGUGGAACCGUGAGCGCAGGCGGUUGCUGAUCGAGGAGCUCGAGGCUCGGAUCGCGCUGAUGCCGCUGCUGCAGGCGGAGUCCGACCGCAGAACUCUCCGGAUGCUGCGGCAGAACCUGGACGAGGAGGCCAAGAUCAUGCGGGACGUUCCCGGCUGGAAGGUGGGUGAGUCCUGUUUCCACACGGAUCGCUGGGUGCCCCCCACCCCCGAGGAGCUCUAUUUCCUGCGGCCCCCGGCCGAGCUGGACCGCGAGAAGUUCGGGCUGCAGAACUACGUCUGACCCCAAAAAACCCCAAAAAAAACCCCAAAAAAACCC